GAUGGAGGUUAAGACAUGUCUGCGAGUGGUCCGUGGUCCCGACUGGGAGAGUGGGAACGAGGAUGGUUGCGAGGGAUACGUGGGGACUGUUGUUUCGGGAGGGAGGGCUGACGGCGCAGAGGACGGCAGACAUGAUGUAGCCACUGUUCAGUGGGACGUGGGAGGAGAGAGACACGUGUACCGCUGUGGUGCUGGUGGAAAGUACGACCUGCGAGUGAUAGACAGCGCGCCAGCGGGUGUAGUUCACAGUCACCUGGAGUGCAGUGGGUGUGGGAGUCGGACUAUUGCAGGCUUUGUGUGGAGGUGUGUCCACUGUCUGCGCUACCAUCUGUGCACUCCGUGCUACAUGAAGGACAGGCACAGUGUGUGGCAUCAUUUCACGAGGAUGGACUCUCCCAGAGAACCCCAGACAGAGGACGAGAGUGCGGUGUCGGUACCUGUCGAGGCGUGUUUGGGCCAGGGGGGUGUUUGUGGGAGCCAGAGUGGUGCGUGGACGAGACUGGAGGUGGAAUGAUCAAGAUGGAGGUGCGGGGAGAGAUGGGACUGUGGUGGAUGUGUGUGGAUGGCAGAGUCAGAGCUCAAGAAGUGUGGCCGUUGUGGUGUGGAGAGAAUCAGCUCUGAAGAGAAAGUACCGACUCGGACACAAGGGCAAGGUGGAUCUGCAGUGUACAGUUUCAGCUGAAGGAGGACACUGCUAUCUGGACCACCUACCACUGCUAGGCUCAGAGUACAAGUCUCCUCUGGAGCCAUUUAUUUCUGCUGGGGAUAAAUGUAAGAUAACAAUGGAUGUUGAUCGUCUCAAGUCUCAUUUAAAACACCUAUGGAAAGAGAGUAUUGUUAACGUCUUGGGGAAAGUUGGUAUAGUUGCUAGUGUAAAUGUCAGAAUGACUUAUGUAGGCAUCUACUACCCCUUCAAUGCUAAUGGAUAUUCACUAGUUAUGGAUGCCAUAGAAAAGGUGGAGGGGCCAGGUAUUCUUCCUGAUGAUGUGGUAUGGGUGAUUGAUGACAUGGCAGAGGUCCACAGACUACAAAAGGCUGCUCAAAGAUGGGAGGACGAUAUGGCUCUGUCGGUGGGACAGCUUGGCCGAGUGCACCUGAUUAGCCAAUCUGGCUCUCUAGUUCUGAGAGUGAAUGGGAGACAGUGGCUCAUGGAUAGCUCUUGUGUUGUGCCUGCUCCCGGAGAACACCCUGAGGAUGAACUGACUGAAGUGGAGCCAUCACCAAGUGUUGAUAGACUGUGGAUCACAAUGCUGGAGGAACCAAUCCCUGAGGCUUUUGAAAAUGUUGUAGUAAAAGGACAUGCUACGAUGCUAGCAGAUAUGCUGCAGAAAUGGCCAAACCAAGUUAAUACCAACUACAAUGGUAGAACACUGCUGCACAUUGCAGCAGCUGAGGGCUGGACCAAUUGUGUUCGAGUGCUGCUCGAGCACGGGGCAGACAUAAGGAAAAGGAAUGAGAAAGGAAACACACCUUUGAGAAUAGCAGCUUCAGUCAAUCGUCAUCAAGUAGUUGAGCUGCUGCUACUGCAAGAAGGCUGUGACGUGAACGAAGGGAACAGCAGAGGGUAUACUCCAGUUCACGAGGCAGCUCUUGCCGGGUAUUCCAGAGUUCUUAAACUACUUAUUGAUCAUCCAAAGUGCCAGGUUAAUGCACAGAAUUUUCGUGGUGAUACACCACUCUUCUGUGCUUGUCGAAAACGUUGGGCCAGUCAUAACCAAACAACUAGUGCUUGCCGGAGCAGAUCUGUCAGUAGUAAAUCAAAAGGGUCAUACCGCCUUCAUUGAUGCAGUUGUGGAAGGAUUCUACAGUGGUGUGGAGAUUAUGCUCCAAGCAAAUCCAGCCCUUAUCGAUCAUCACCGGGUUGAGGAUGGGGCGAACUCACUACAUAUUGCUGUCUUAAAGGACAAAAUUGACAUAGUUUUUCUUCUGGCUUCUGUGGGUAUGAGCAAGCUGGACCAGCCAGCCUUGACUACAGAUGAAACUGCACUGCACAUAGCAGCGAAGAAGGGCAAUAUCAGCUGCAUAGAGUGCCUCAUAGGUUAUGGAGCUGGUUUGGAGGUAGUGGAUAUGAAUGGAUAUCUCCACUGCACGUCGUUCUGUCCAGCAAGAUUAUGAAACAUCUUUCAGAGAGGUCACCCCACCUGAAUGAGUUCCAUCAUGAGAAUGUGUCAGGAGCUGACAACAGUAUUCAGGAUGUCCCUGUCUACAUCACUGUGGCCUGUUUCCUGGUCAGCGAAGGAGCCAGUCUGGAGACAAAGACAGCAAGUGGACUCACCGCUAUCGGUCUCUGUCCUCCUGAAUACCACUCUGUACUGAAGCUCUUUGGCAGACCAGAGAGGUGAGAGGUCACUAUAGAGGGAGUCUAUCCGAUAUCCUCAUCGCAGUCUGACUCAGAGAGCAGAUACAAAGUCAUCCAACGCAGCUGACAAAAUUGGACUGGCCCAGAGUGUGACCACACCCAGUAGCAGUGAGGCCACACCCCCUGAGGUAUCGGUGUCUGGAGGAGACUCUAACAAGACGGAGGAGAGUGAAGUGGACUCUGUGACUGGACCAAGUUGCUUUCUCUGUGAGGGGCCAUGUGAUAUCUCCUUCCAGCCGUGUGGACACACUGCCAUGUGUGCCACGUGUGCCCAACCUGUCAAAAAGUGCCCAAUUUGUAAGACUGACAUCAUUACAAAAUGUGCUGCACCAAAGCUCUAAUAAAAUGGAUCAAGUAGCUAUAUACCAUUGGACUAUCUGGCAAACACUUAUAUAGCUACAGGUGGGAUUGUUAUCACGGGGGUGAAGACCUCCAGCUGUAUUAUAGCUACAGGGGUAAGCUUAAACUUGCAUUAUGUAUGAAGUGCAGCACCAGUCAGUACUCUUUGUAGCCCAUGUUGUCAGCUGUUUUGCUAUAUAGUUUGGAGCUCACCCAUUUUUUCCAGCUGUAUGUGCCAAUGAGCUAUUCCGGAUAAUUGUGGAUUAUGAUUGAUUU